UGCAGUCCAGGGGUCUCUCACUCACACCAUGAAGCUCAAGAGCCUCCUGCUCCGGUAUUACCCACCAGGAAUUAUGUUGGAAUAUGAAAAGGGAGGGGAGUUAAAGACCAAAGCCAUAGACUUGCUUGAUCUCAACCCCAGCACUGACAUCAAUGCCUUAGUUGAAGAAAUAAAGGAAGCAGAACCUCUGAUCACAGCUUCUCGGACCGAACAAGUAAAACUCUUAAUACAGAGGUUACAGGAUAAACUCCGACAGAACAGCAACCACAAAUUCUACCUUUUUAAGGUUCUCAGAGCUCACAUAUUGCCACUGACCAAUGCUGCCCUUAACAAAUCAGGCUCGUGCUUUAUCACAGGAAGCUAUGAUCGAACGUGCAAACUCUGGGACACUGCUUCUGGAGAGGAACUUCACACUCUGGAAGGACACAAGAAUGUGGUAUAUGCCAUAGCAUUCAACAACCCUUACGGGGACAAAAUUGCUACUGGGUCCUUUGAUAAGACUUGUAAACUGUGGAGCGCAGAAACAGGAAAAUGUUACCAUACCUUUCGGGGUCACACAGCAGAAAUAGUGUGUUUGUCCUUUAACCCUCAAAGCACAUUGGUAGCAACUGGAAGUAUGGAUACAACGGCCAAAAUCUGGGACAUCCAGAAGGGAGAGGAAGUAUUCACCCUGACAGGACACUCAGCUGAAAUCAUCUCUUUGGCCUUCAACACCUCAGGAGACAGAAUCAUCACGGGCUCGUUUGAUCACACUGUUGCCGUAUGGGAUGCUGAUGCUGGGAGGAAGGUGUACACCUUAAUUGGGCAUUGUGCCGAGAUUAGCAGCGCUGUAUUUAACUGGGAUUGCUCUCUGAUAUUAACUGGCUCCAUGGACAAAACCUGCAUGCUGUGGGAUGCUACUAAUGGAAAGUGUGUAGCAACACUAACAGGCCACGAUGAUGAAAUACUAGAUAGCUGUUUUGAUUACACUGGAAAGCUUAUCGCAACGGCUUCUGCUGAUGGAACAGCAAGAGUUUUCAGUGCAGCCACAAGGAAACUAAUUACCAAGCUGGAAGGCCAUGAAGGCGAAAUUUCAAAGAUUUCUUUCAACCCCCAAGGGACUCGUCUUCUGACCGGUAGCUCUGACAAGACAGCCCGGAUCUGGGAUGCUCAGACGGGUCAGUGCCUCCAAGUUCUCGAGGGUCACACUGAUGAGAUCUUCUCAUGUGCUUUCAACUACAAAGGCGACAUCAUCAUCACAGGAAGCAAAGAUAACACCUGUAGGAUAUGGCGUUGACUGAAGGAAAGGAGCCCGCGGAAGAACACAUUUUCCAGCAUGGCGGUCAAGAACUGAAGCUUUGCCGAGAGCCGUCAAGCAAUUGAGAUACUUUACAUCUUUUUUUCUCUUUCUUCACAAGACAUUUAUUUAUAGGCUUCCCUUAGCAUUACAGAUCCCUAGAAUAGCUGUCCUUUGAAAGGUUCCAGCUGAAAAAUAGGACCACUAGUAUAGAUGACUGUGGUCUUAAUACAUCUUUGUAUUCUAGAUUAAUGAGCCUGGGUCAUCCUACUGUCUCUUCCAACAACUCGUAUCUUAACUGAAUUAGCUCAUUAUUUGAUACAGUGCUUGAUUCAAGGACAAAAUAAAUACUGGACUAAGCAUGCUA